AGCAGGGGGUUGGACUUGAUGGCCUUCAUGAGCCCUUCCAACCCUACUAUAUGAUUCUAUGAAUCUGAAGGAUGCAUAUUUUCAUGUGUCCAUUCAUCUGGACUACUAACAUUUUCUCUGGUUCUCAAUUGGGACUGAUGCUUCUCUACAGCCCAUGUAUCUUUACCAAAUGUAUGGCCAUGGUGUCUGCCCAUCGCAGGCUACAAGGAAUCCAGGUUUCUCCUUAACUAAAAGACAGGCUACUGGUGUCUCCAUCCCUGGAAGAUCUCUGGGGCUUCAUCUGGGACACAAGGGAUCUCUUAGACACAUUAUGACUAUGUAUUAACACCAAGAAAUCUGUGCUUUUUUUCUUCCCAGUUGAUUCUCUACACUGGGGUGGGGCUAGAUUUCAUGACAGCAUGCACUUGCCUUCCUGUGGACAGAAUGGCAACGCUGGUCAGUUUGGCCAUCCAGAUCCUGAUCGAGCCCAAGACCUGUGGUGUGUACAAUGACUGCUGGGUUUCAUGGCAGCAACUAUUGUGGUUGUCCACAUUGUGAGGCUACAGAUGCGGCUGCUGCAGAUGUAGUCUGUUCAGUGCAGAAGUGGUUGGUACUCCUGCAUUCCAUUUGGGCGAACCUGUCCUCCUUACCCCUUGAACACAACCUGGCAGACAGGAUUGCUUUUAUGCCCAGAGAACUGGACCUGACCCUGACAACAGAUGUGUCUGGGAUGGGAGGUGCCCUGUGCCAGCAGAAAAAAUGCAUGGACUGUGGACCAGGUGCAUCACAUCAAUUACCUCAAGAGAAUUGUGAUCCAGAAAGCAGUUCUGGCUUUUUGGUUCCUGCUGAGAGGAAAACAUGUUCAGGUUGCCUUGGACAACACUGCAGCGGUGUUCUACCUGAACAAAGAAGGCAGCACAUGGUCUGCUUCCCUGACCAGUCUCAUGGUGCAGAUCUGGGACUGGUGCCUGAAAUGGGACCUUACCAUUGUGGCUAUCUGUUUGGCCAGGACUGACAAUGUCAUGGCAGACACUCUGAGCAAGAGACCCAAGGAGACCCACAAAUGGCAGCUACAUCCAACAAUCUGAAGCAGCUCUUCAAGACCUGGGGACCCCAACUGUGGACCUUUUUGUCAUGUCGAACAAUGCAUUGUGAAAGGCUUUCUGCUAUUGUUUCAGGGUUGGUUGGGAGAACCUGUUCCCACUGUUCCAGCUAAUCACCAGUGUGCUAGCCAAGAUCCAGAGAGGGAACAGCUCCUGCAUCCUUGUGACUCCAUGACGGCCCAGACAGGCAUGGUUUGCCCACCUCCUGUACCUGUUGAAUUGCACCUUCAUCCACCUCCCAACAAGACUGGAUAUCAUUCAGGACCAAGCGAUGAUCCUGCACCAAUCAGUGUCCAAUGACUCGCUCACUGAAUUAAACUGGCCUACCAACUGGCUUUACUUCACCUUCCCAAAUAGCCAAAAGUGCAUUCUACCAGGACGAUGAUGACAUCUACCGUAUGAUAUUGCAUACCAGCAUCCUAUUGCAGGACCUCUGCAGAGUAGCAAUUUGGUCAACUUUUGUUAUGCAUUACCAACACAAUGUCCACACCAGGCAAGAUUGCUCUUUUGGCUUUGCGGUCCUCCACUGACAGCAACACCUCUCCUCCAUUUUGGGGUAAACUUGCUAGUUACCCAUAUGUGUGAUGCAAAGCGAUGAAGAAGUGAACCUUCAUACUCAUGUGGAUCUUUACAGAUAAGUGCUUGUCAAGGAGGCAAUCUGGAGCCCAAAUGGAGAUUACACAACUUAUCAUAUACAACUGAUCCCCACAUUGUAAGGAGCCAGUGACCAUCACUCCAGAGUGCCAUUUGGCAUCAGAGGAAUGGCUGGCCGUGGCAUGGGGCUCUGGCAAAAGAGUGCACGCUGCAGAUGCAAAGGGGCCUCUGUUGGAGCACUGAGGGGAGGCAUGAUGGAUCCUGCUAUGCAGCACCCUGGGCUACUUGCCUACCAGCUGGAGGGAUGGAGGAAAGAAUCGGGAGAAGAAAAACCCAAGAAAUAACUGACAAUGACAACAAGCCAGGCAGCAGCCAGCAAAGUCAAAAUGGCACUAUAAGAUGGGCUACAUCACUAGAAAAUUUACUGGAAGAUCCAGAAGGCGUCAAGAGAUUUAGGGAGUUUUUAAAGAGAGAAUUUAGUGAAGAAAAUGUUUUGUUCUGGAUAGCAUGUGAAGAGUUUAAGAAGAUACAAGAUAAGAAACAGAUGCACACAAAAGCAAAUGAAAUUUACACAACUUUCUUAUCAAGUAAAGCUUCUUAUCAAGUCAACGUUGAAGGGCAGUCCCGUCUGGAUGAGUCAAUAUUGGAAGAACCUCAUCCUCUAAUGUUUCAGAAGCUUCAAGAUCAGAUUUUCAAUCUCAUGAAGUAUGACAGCUACAGCCGCUUCUUGAAGUCAGAUGUGUUUCUUAAACUGAAGCAAACAGAAGAACAGGAAGAAAAUUCAGCAAAUGCUCAAACUGUAGCAAAAAGAGCUUCUAGAAUUUACAACACAUGAUCCAAGUGGCAACUUACAAUAAAUCUCACUGAGAGUAUAAUGAAAAGCAAAUGAGUUCUCAGGAAUAGUCUUUGAGGUUAACCCAGUUGUAUUUAAACCUUGGAAGUAUAGACGCCUGCUAGGUGAUGCUUAAUGUUAGUUGCUUGAAUGGCUUAUUUGUUUUUGCCGGAUGGCAGCACCAAGCCUUAUGAGUCAUCUGCAAACAAGAGACUAGGACAUUUUAUCUUUUGAUAUUUUAAAUCCCUUUUCUUGUGCAUCAUUCGGGUAAAAUGUAGCAUACAAAUUGUGCUACUUUUGAAAAUGGAGAUGGUAUAAGGAAAAGACAUCUGUCUGAAACUGUUUUAGUGCCUGAUCCAGACUCUCCACAAAUAAAUAUUUUUUCAAGUUUUGACUAAGAAGGUUUUAAUGUUUCAUUCUUUGUGGUGAAGAAUUUUGUGUUCUUGAUGAAAAAGCAGAACAGGAGCUGGUUAUUAUUUUUUUACCUAUCUGGCAAAAAUAGAGAAACCUCAGUUGAGGAAAGGAAAGCUUUAAAAGCAUGGAAUGUUCAUCUGAGUCACUGUUUUUAAACCAUACCUACCUUUUCCCAGGAACUAAUCCAAAUAAUUACAAAAGCUUAUUUUUUAACAUGCUUUUUAAAAAUAAAACACAUGAUUUUUCUCUCUAAAAGCUGUUCUCAAAAUGGCUUUUGUUUGUUGCUUGGUUUUAAAUGUAUUUGGGCUGGGAAACUAUUAUUUUUCAGUUUUCUCACCUUUUCUCUCCAUUUUUAUUUUGAAAUGAGCUUUAUUAUCAUUGACUUUUAAGUACAAUACUAGUUUUGUUUCUGGAGAAAUGAAUUCUUCCUUUACAUGCUACAGUAGGCUUUUUCAUCCAAGGUCACUUUGCAACUAGCAUGUUCUAUUUAAAAAGAACUAUGUAAGUUCUAUGUAAGUUCUUUUUUUCUGUACUUGCAGUUUUCUAAGUGUGGUCUCAUGCAUCAGUUUACCCAGUGGAAUGAAAUACACAGCUAUAAUGCCACACCCAGUGUGUGCAUUUCAACUCAAUAGCAAGUAUGAACAAGAUUUAAGUCUUCACUGUUCAUUCAAUGGAAUUUCAUCUUGGUUGCCAAAUUUCCUCUUUUAUGUUACAGACAAGAUUCAUUUUCACCUGGUUUUAUGCUAAAAUUACUUUCCUAUGCUGCAACAUGACACUUUUUUGCCAAUCAAACCACCAGGUGAUAGACUCACACAGGGCUUACUUCUAAACAAAAAUUUCUCCCUGAGCUUGGUUUGGAUUUUGCAACUCAUGUGACAAGCUUCUCUGUAAUUAGAAAAUAAAAUGACAAAGUUUGGAUGGAAAAACUGUUAGCCCCUUCUUACUUCAGCCCUAUAGGGUAUAACUAUUUGUUGUGAGUUUCUUGUGGAACCAAGGUUUUUCACAAAAGAUUUGGCAUUUGUCUUCAAUUAGUGGUUGUAGCAGGGAAUUGAUGAAUUAUUGGCAAACCAGCAUGCAUACAGACAUACAUAGAAUGAGGUGUUGUUGCAGGUUGGAAGUACACUCAUGUCAUUGUUGUUGCUAGUUGUGAAUUCACAUCUGACCCAUCGCAACCCCACGGACAACAUUCCUCCAGGCCUUCCAGGCCUCCACCAUCCCCU